GAGCUCGCGGGCUGGAGCGCACACUGCCAUGAACUUCGGAGCGUAACUUCAACGUUUUUCUCGCUUUUCGGACGGGGUGGGAAACUACAACGAGAUAUAUUCUUAUUUUUUUCCUCAUAAGAACGAGCAACAUUUGGAGAAUUUAGUUGCAUAUUUUGCUUUUCCCCCGUUUUCAGCAGCAUGUCGUCUGCGGCGGUCGCUGCCUCGCGCAGGCAGUCGUGUUAUUUGUGCGAUCUGCCCCGCAUGCCGUGGGCGAUGAUCUGGGAUUUUACCGAGCCCGUGUGCCGCGGAUGCGUCAACUACGAGGGAGCGGACCGGAUCGAGUUUGUGAUCGAAACUGCGCGGCAGCUGAAGCGCGCUCACGGCUUCCAGGAGGGCAGAUCACCGGGACCGGUGGGCAAACCGGGGAAGGACAUCCAGCCCAUCAACCACACGGAACCGGGCUCGCGCCCUCCGCAGCCGCUGGAUCGGUACCCCCUCGCGUCGGACAGACCUCCCAGACUGGGUCCGGAGUACCAGCCGGGACGGCAGGCGAACGGGAUCCCGGUGCCAAAUGGGUUCCCGAAGCCCGACGAGCCCCCGGAGCUGAACCGUCAGAGCCCGAACCCGCGUCGGACUGGCGCCGUGCCGCCCAGCCUGGUGCCUCUGGUAAACGGGACCAUCCCGCCAGUGCACGCGCUUAACGGGAGAUCCGUGCAGAUGGGGAUCCCACCGGAGCAUGUGGGCAAGCGCGCGGACGACAUGAAGGACAAGCACCGCGCCGACAGCAUGAGCGACCCGAGCGACGGACACAAGCGAGUGGAGGACUGGACGCAGAAGGGCAAGACGGUCCGAGACCUGAUGGCGCUGCAGAGCCUCGACUCCCGGUUCAAGAAGGAGCACGCAGCGCUGCAGCACAGGAUGGGAUACGAGAGCAGCUCCAGUGCCUUAAAAACAGACCGCGGUAAGCACUCUCGGGGCAUUAAGAGGAAACCCUCUCCUGAGCCGGACGGGGAGGGCACCGCCGCCAAGCUCAACGGUGAGGGUCCGCCGUGGCUGCCGUCUCCAUCCGAGGUGCUUAAGAUGCCCUCCGCGGCCCUGCCGGGAUUCGCAGCCGCUCCGCCUUCGACGAUCUCCCCGCAUUCGCGCACUACUCCGCCAGAGGCGGCCACAGCCGCACAGAACGGCCAGUCGCCGAUGGCCGCGCUCAUCCUGGCCGCGGACAACGCCGGCACCGGCUCGCCUAAAGAUGGCGGCAACCAGGUGCACUCCACGACCACAGCGGCCGCGGGCCGGCGAAACAGCGGAAGCCCCCAGUCGCCCUCCGCCGGACAGAGACGGCUCACACUGGGCACGGCGACCGCGCACGUCCCGGGCAUGGACCCGCAGGCCGGGCACCCGCAGAGCAUUCCGGAUUCCUCGGUGCCGCCCGGCAGCGUGCCGUUGUGCUGCACCCUGUGCCACGAGCGCCUCGAGGACACACAUUUCGUCCAGUGCCCGUCCGUGCCGUCGCACAAGUUCUGUUUCCCGUGUUCCCGCGAGAGCAUCAAACAGCAGGGGGCGACGGGAGAGGUUUACUGCCCUAGUGGGGAGAAAUGCCCACUGGUCGGUUCCAACGUGCCCUGGGCGUUCAUGCAGGGCGAGAUUGCCACCAUUUUGGCUGGGGACGUAAAGGUGAAAAAGGAGCGGGACCCUUGAUUUUGUUUUUGACAGUUUCAACACCAAUCAUAUUGCAUACCAUCCAAACGCGAACUAACGGACAUGUACAUAUGAACUUAAGGGAACUUGGUAAACAUGGCUGUAUAAUUUUUUUGACUUUCCCUUUUUUUGAAUACAUUGUGUUUCUAUAUUUUUUGGAAGAUAAAAUGGUAUGUACGCACUAUAACAGACUCCCUUUCCCCCAUUCAGUGGUUGUUCAGAGCGAGCGCUCGGUGUACUAGUAGAACUGGUGGCAGUCCAUGUUUAAACACAGAAUGUGACUAAUACUCUUUAAGCACUUGGCAAAAACUGAAACGCUUUUAGCUGUAUCGUAUGCACUUGUUUAAAAAUUGCCAAAUACAAUUUCUGACCUUGUAAUAACAA